GCUUGGUAGCAGCAAUGAAGUCAACAGCCAUGUGCAUUCUUCUACUCUAUAUUUAACUACAGCCGUUUGUGCAGGAGAGGUCUGCGAGAGGAGGGAAUUGUGGUUCUUUAUAGAAGCUCCUGGCUUGGGAAAAAGAGAGCAGCUUUCUGAGUGGGGUGUCCCCGGCUUCUCUUGGGCAGAGGGCCUUCCUCUUUGUGAGCCAAUCCAAGGCCGUCAUGCCAGCCUCUCAAAGCAGGUCCCGGGCACGGGACCGAAAUAAUGUUCUAAACAGGGCUGAGUUCCUGUCACUGAACCAACCUUUAAAGGGGGCUCAGGAGAAUAGGAGCUCAAGCAGGAAGACAACAGGCCCGUCUGUGCAGGCCCCGCCACCGAAUGAGGGGUCCAAGGAACGGAGGCAGUCCCAGCAGCUGCCCGAAGAGGACUGCAUGCAGCUAAACCCAUCCUUCAAGGGAAUCGCGUUCAACUCCUUGCUGGCUAUUGACAUCUGUAUGUCCAAGAGGCUGGGUGUCUGUGCCAACCGAGCUGCCUCCUGGGGCAGUGCCCGCUCUAUGGUCAAACUCAUUGGGAUCACAGGGCAUGGGAUCCCUUGGAUUGGGGGCACGAUUAUCUGCCUGGUGAAGAGCAGCACUCUUGCAGGGCAAGAGGUCCUAAUGAAUCUGCUGCUGGCCCUGCUCUUGGACAUCAUGACUGUGGCUGGAGUUCAGAAGCUCAUCAAACGACGAGGCCCUUAUGACAUGAGCCCAGGCCUCCUAGACUACCUCACCAUGGACAUCUAUGCCUUCCCAGCUGGCCAUGCCAGUCGAGCCGCCAUGAUUUCCAAGUUCUUUCUCAACCACCUUGUGCUGGCUGUCCCCUUGCGGAUCCUUUUGGUGCUCUGGGCCUUCUGUGUGGGCUUGUCAAGGGUUAUGAUUGGGCGGCAUCACAUCACCGAUGUGGUCUCUGGCUUCGUUAUUGGCUACUUCCAAUUCAAACUGGUGGAGCUGGUCUGGAUGUCCUCCAACACCUGCCAGAUGUUGAUAUCCAUCUGGUGAACAACACUGUUGUAGGUUGAUCUUUUCAAGAGAGGGGAAAUGAAGAAUAGAAAACAACCCUUCAAUGUAAGGAAGUUGGAGCCAUUCCCUCUUGAAUGUUAUUAGACCCCCAUUUUAUUUCCCCAUCGUGUUUGGUGGCCAGUUUCCACAGGUUAUCCCAGCCACAACACGGGGGCAGGAGUUCUUGAAAAACCCCAAUUUCCCCAUCUUUCUCCCAAACACCUAGAGUUACUUUGGCUUUCCCUUGUCAUCUCAAACCCAAUGGAGUUUCAGCAUUUCAGAAUCAAUAUUACUUAACUCCUGCUAUCGAAAUGUCAGAGUAAAAGACAAGCUGGGAAAAGUGGGUGGUUUCUGGUAUUCACCUUUUGUUGUUACUGUUGUCAAGUUUUUUGGGCAGGUGCCUGUAAAUACCAGGCCCCAUUCCUCCAAGAAACACCCAAUCAUCUACUUUUGAUGUGUGGGCUUGUCAGCACUCACCAUAGAUGGAUACUCAAGCCAGCAACGGUGCUCAGGCAUUUGGUGAGCCAGCUGGAGAGGAGAAGCUCUUUUCUGCAAGUCUUGUUACCAGCUGGCUUUUCCCAGGGCACUCCUGGAUCCUGGCAUUUGGGAAGGCCAGCGCUAGCCCACCCUGCUGUAUUCAGAAAGUUAGACUAGACAAAGCACUGGCUAGUAUCCAGUAGCAUCCAGCGCUGCUUUGGCCCCCAGGGGCCGGACUCUGUGUGACCUAAUAGGUCUUUUCCAAGUCAAACUUGUAUAGUUCUGUUAUUCCUGUGACAAUAUAUACAAUAUGCAAAUGAGCCAUUUGGGGUGGUUUUUUUUUUUCCCCUAGUGGAAGAAUCACUUUCCAUGACUCAUCACUUUUGUUGCCACCUUGUUAAAACACAGUGACUAUAUGGAGAAGAAACAUAAAUUGCUUUCAGAGUAGGGGCUGGAAAACCCAGAGGAUUCAGGGGAGUUACUAGAGUCUUCUGCCUUCUUUAAGCAGACCAUUUUCAAACCCGCCUUUGUCAGGCAUAGGGAAUGUGCUUACCAGAAGAUGACUUGCAAAAUGCAGUAGACCUCAUAGUAUUUUCACUUCUCAGUUUCACUAACUCCCAUGCAGUUAGUGUCCUGUGCUGGAACUCACCCCAACCCAAUGGUAGGUAGUGGCUUCAUUAGGUUGGUUCCAUCAAAAGAAUUGGGCCAUGAAUGUUCCCAAAAAACCUCACUUCUUCUUGUGGCCUAUUGGGUAUGUGGCAUUACCCAUGAUCCACCCACUCCAAGCUAGACUUUUUUUUGCCUGCCCUACCCCUGACUCCCUGGAUUGAUAAAAGGAGGGAACCAUCAUAGAGAGAGCCUAAAAGGGAACUCAUUUAAUCAAUUUGUCCCCUAUAAUUGUGGAAACUUUAUUUUAGAGCCUCCUACCCAGGAGUGUUGUGACACUCAAUUGAGAUCAUGGAUCGAAGUACUAUAUCAAUACCAGUUGUUAUUAUUAUUAUUAUUAGCCUCCAAUAAGGGAAUGACUUCAGUCCCUGACCCUUCUACUGCAUUCCUGCUGUAGAGCAAUAUAGGAGUGUGCUGGUAAAUGUUUAAUAAUUGGGCUUGGGGAGGCAGGAUGCAAACAUUUUAAAAUUUAAUCUGCACUUUCUUAAUCCUAGAAAAACAAUAAAACAAUAAAUCAAUCCACAAUUUGUAUAGAUUAUUUCUGAGGUGUUGCUGCUCACACUGAAAUUUUAAAAAUGUUAUCUCACAAGCCAGUUAGAGCUGGCUUCUAUAUCCCUGCACCUGCACCUCUCUACAGCAUCCUAGACAAGUGGUCAUUCUAGUCUCCACUUUAACACUUCCAGUUACAGGGCAACCCUUACCUCACAAAGCAACCAAUUCUAUGAUUGAAUGGUUUUUAGCUAUUAAAAAGUCCUUCCUUGGGUUGAUCUGAAAUUUGCCUCCUUAUAAUUUCCACCCACUGGUCCUAGUGAUGCCUUCUGAAGCUACACAGAAUAAAGACGUUUAAUCAUUCUUCCACUCAACUGCCUGUCAGACAUCUGAAAAUAGAAAGCCUGCUUCCCCUUCUCCUUCAACAUUUCCUCAUUUGACAGGGUUUUCAGACCCCUCCCUAUGCUGGUCAUCUGUCUUGUGUCACUUCUAAGUUUGAUGAUGUUCCUGUAAAUAGAACAGCAAUGAAAUCCCUGCUGGAUGCUGGCCUGAGACCCUGGGACCCAGGUCAAUAAAUCAAACACUGAGAGAAAUCAAUUGAUCAGGGAUACUUUGGUCUCAAGUUGCUUGUAAGCCUCAGAUCAGUCACUGCCACUAGCAUGGGAAAUCCCCUCUCUUCCCUCCACCCCCUUAUCAAUCUUUAAAACUGGAUCCUUGGGGCAGUUAGAUGGCACAGUGGAUAGAGCACCGGCCCUGGAGUCAGGAGUACCAGGGUUCAAAUCCGGCCUCAG